CGUAUCCCUGCGCCGCCGUGUGAGAGGAAGCCGCUGAAUGAGGAGCCGCGCGGGGGAAGCGGGGCGCCGGGGGAGGAGGCGGCGGGAUGGGAGCAGACGCUGGCGUCGCGCGAGCCCCGGGCGCAGCGGCGCGCUAGAGAGGGCGGCGGCGGCGCGCGCGGAGCCCUGACGUGCCCCCCCUCUACCCCCCCGCCGCGGCCUUUCUUCUCUCUCCGGGGCGCCGGGAAGCAUGAACGUGCAGCCCCGCCGCCGCGGCGGCCCCGGCUCGGCGCCUCCCCCCGUGCGGGCCGCCCGUCGCCGCUGAGAGGCCGGAGCGCGACGAGGGAAGAUGGGGGCCGUGCUGAGGAGCCUCCUGGCCUGCAGUCUCUGCGUGCUCCUGAGAGCUGCCCCUUUGUUGCUCUAUGCAAACAGACGGGACUUGAGAUUGGUCGAUGCUACAAAUGGCAGAGAGAAUGCUACAAUCGUAGUUGGAGGCUUGGAGGAUGCGGCCGCGGUGGACUUUGUGUUUGGUCAUGGCUUGAUAUACUGGAGUGAUGUCAGUGAAGAAGCCAUUAAACGAACAGAGUUUAACAAAACUGAGAGUGUACAGAAUGUUGUUGUUUCUGGAUUACUGUCCCCCGAUGGGCUGGCAUGUGAUUGGCUUGGAGAAAAAUUGUACUGGACAGAUUCUGAAACGAACCGGAUUGAAGUUUCAAAUUUAGAUGGAUCUUUACGAAAAGUUUUGUUUUGGCAAGAGUUGGAUCAACCCAGAGCUAUUGCCUUAGAUCCUUCAAGUGGGUUUAUGUACUGGACAGACUGGGGAGAAGUGCCAAAGAUAGAACGUGCUGGAAUGGAUGGUUCAAGUCGCUUCAUUAUAAUAAACACUGAAAUUUACUGGCCAAAUGGACUGACUUUGGAUUAUGAGGAACGGAAACUUUAUUGGGCAGAUGCGAAGCUUAAUUUCAUCCACAGAUCAAAUCUGGAUGGAACAAAUCGGCAGGCAGUUGUUAAAGGUUCCCUUCCACACCCUUUUGCUUUGACGUUAUUUGAGGACACAUUGUACUGGACUGACUGGAACACGCACUCUAUCUUGGCUUGUAACAAGUACACUGGAGAGGGUCUGCGUGAAAUCCAUUCUAACAUCUUCUCUCCCAUGGAUAUACACGCCUUCAGCCAACAGAGGCAGCCAAAUGCUACAAAUCCAUGUGGAACUGAUAAUGGUGGCUGUUCCCACUUGUGUUUGAUGUCUCCAGUCAAGCCUUUUUAUCAGUGUGCUUGCCCAACAGGGGUCAAACUCCUGGAGAAUGGAAAAACCUGCAAAGAUGGUGCUACUGAAUUACUGCUUUUAGCCAGAAGAACAGACUUGAGACGCAUUUCUUUGGAUACACCAGAUUUCACAGACAUUGUUCUACAAUUAGAAGACAUCCGGCAUGCCAUCGCCAUAGACUAUGAUCCUGUGGAGGGCUACAUAUACUGGACUGACGAUGAAGUGAGGGCCAUACGCCGCUCAUUCAUAGAUGGGUCUGGCAGUCAGUUUGUGGUCACAGCUCAGAUUGCGCAUCCUGAUGGGAUUGCUGUGGACUGGGUUGCCCGGAAUCUUUACUGGACAGACACUGGCACCGACCGAAUAGAAGUGACAAAGCUCAAUGGAACCAUGAGGAAGAUUGUAAUUUCAGAGGACUUAGAGGAGCCCCGGGCUAUUGUUUUAGAUCCCAUGCUUGGGUACAUGUAUUGGACUGACUGGGGGGAAAUCCCCAAAAUUGAACGAGCAGCUCUGGAUGGUUCUGACCGAGUCGUGUUGGUUAACACUUCACUCGGUUGGCCAAAUGGUUUAGCCUUGGAUUAUGAUGAAGGCAAAAUAUACUGGGGAGAUGCCAAGACAGACAAAAUUGAGGUCAUGAGUACAGAUGGCACUGGGAGGAGAGUACUGGUGGAAGAUAAAAUCCCUCACAUAUUCGGCUUUACUCUGUUGGGUGACUAUGUUUACUGGACGGACUGGCAGAGGCGGAGCAUCGAAAGAGUGCACAAGCGAAGUGCGGAAAGAGAAAUCAUCAUAGAUCAGCUUCCUGAUCUCAUGGGCCUGAAGGCCACAAAUGUUCACCAAAUCAUUGGUUCCAACCCCUGUGCUGAGGAGAAUGGGGGAUGUAGCCAUCUUUGCCUUUACAGACCUCAGGGCCUUCGCUGUGCCUGUCCAAUUGGCUUUGAACUCAUCAGUGACAUGAAAACCUGCAUUGUCCCAGAAGCGUUCCUUUUGUUUUCACGGAGAGCAGAUAUAAGGCGAAUUUCUUUAGAAACUAACAAUAAUAAUGUGGCCAUCCCUCUGACCGGUGUUAAAGAAGCUUCUGCUUUGGAUUUUGAUGUGACAGACAAUCGUAUCUACUGGACUGAUAUAUCACUCAAGACCAUCAGCAGAGCCUUCAUGAAUGGCAGUGCACUGGAGCACGUGGUAGAAUUUGGCUUAGACUAUCCAGAAGGCAUGGCAGUGGACUGGCUUGGGAAGAACUUGUACUGGGCAGAUACAGGAACAAAUCGAAUUGAGGUGUCAAAGCUCGAUGGGCAACACCGACAAGUUUUGGUGUGGAAAGACCUAGAUAGUCCCAGAGCUCUUGCUUUGGACCCUGCCGAAGGAUUUAUGUACUGGACUGAAUGGGGUGGAAAGCCUAAGAUAGACAGAGCUGCUAUGGAUGGAAGUGAACGUACUACAUUAGUUCCAAAUGUGGGGCGGGCAAACGGCCUAACUAUUGACUAUGCUAAAAGGAGACUUUAUUGGACAGACCUGGACACCAACUUAAUAGAAUCUUCAAACAUGCUUGGACUCAACCGUGAAGUUAUAGCAGAUGACUUGCCUCAUCCUUUUGGUUUAACUCAGUACCAAGAUUACAUCUACUGGACGGACUGGAGCCGACGCAGCAUUGAGCGUGCCAACAAAACCAGUGGCCAAAACCGCACCAUCAUUCAGGGCCAUUUGGAUUAUGUGAUGGACAUCCUCGUCUUUCACUCCUCUCGGCAGGCAGGAUGGAAUGAGUGUGCUUCCAGCAAUGGGCACUGCUCCCACCUCUGCUUGGCUGUGCCCAUUGGAGGUUUUGUUUGUGGAUGCCCUGCCCACUACUCUCUUAAUGCUGACAAUAGGACUUGCAGUGCUCCGACUACUUUCCUGCUCUUCAGCCAAAAGAGCGCCAUCAACCGCAUGGUGAUUGAUGAGCAGCAGAGCCCUGACAUCAUCCUUCCUAUCCACAGCCUUCGGAAUGUCCGUGCCAUUGACUAUGACCCACUGGACAAGCAGCUCUACUGGAUUGACUCCCGGCAAAACUUGAUCCGCAAAGCACAAGAAGAUGGCAGUCAGGGCUUUACUGUUGUUAUGAGCUCAGUUCCAAAUCAGAACUCAGAUUUACAGCCGUAUGAUCUCAGCAUUGAUAUUUACAGCCGCUACAUCUACUGGACUUGUGAGGCCACCAAUGUCAUUAAUGUAACAAGAUUAGAUGGAAAACCAGUUGGAGUGGUGCUGAAAGGAGAGCAAGACAGACCUCGGGCCAUUGUGGUAAACCCAGAGAAAGGGUAUAUGUAUUUUACCAAUCUUCAGGAAAGGUCUCCUAAAAUUGAACGGGCUGCUUUGGAUGGAACAGAACGAGAGGUUCUGUUUUUCACUGGCUUAAGUAAACCAAUUGCGCUAGCCCUUGAUAGCAGACUGGGUAAACUCUUCUGGGCUGAUUCAGAUCUCCGACGAAUUGAAAGCAGUGACCUUUCAGGUGCCAACCGUAUAGUCCUGGAAGACUCCAAUAUCUUGCAGCCUGUGGGGCUGACUGUGUUUGAAAAUUGGCUAUAUUGGAUUGACAAGCAACAGCAGAUGAUUGAAAAAAUUGACAUGACCGGUCGAGAGGGUAGAACCAAAGUCCAGGCUCGAAUUUCCCAGCUUAGUGACAUUCAUGCAGUAAAGGAGCUGAACCUUCAGGAAUACAGACAACAUCCAUGUGCUCAGGAUAAUGGUGGCUGUUCACAUAUUUGUCUUGUAAAAGGAGAUGGUACUACAAGGUGCUCUUGCCCUAUGCACUUAGUUCUGCUUCAAGAUGAGUUAUCAUGUGGCGAGCCCCCAACAUGUUCUCCACAGCAAUUUACUUGUUUCACAGGGGAAAUUGACUGUAUCCCUGUAGCGUGGCGCUGUGAUGGGUUUACUGAGUGCGAGGACCACAGUGAUGAGCUCAACUGUCCUGUCUGUUCAGAGUCCCAGUUCCAGUGCACCAGUGGGCAGUGUAUUGAUGGUGCCCUCCGAUGCAAUGGUGAUGCAAACUGCCAGGAUAAAUCAGAUGAGAAGAACUGUGAAGUGCUUUGUUUAAUAGAUCAGUUUCGCUGUGCCAGUGGUCAGUGCAUCGGAAAACACAAGAAAUGUGAUCAUAAUGUGGAUUGCAGUGACAAAUCAGAUGAGCUGGAUUGUUAUCCAACUGAGGAGCCGGCACCACAGGCCACCAAUACAGUCGGUUCUGUUAUUGGAGUGAUCGUCACCAUUUUUGUGUCUGGAACCAUAUAUUUUAUCUGCCAGAGGAUGUUGUGUCCACGUAUGAAGGGAGAUGGGGAAACCAUGACUAAUGACUAUGUAGUUCACGGGCCAGCUUCUGUGCCCCUGGGUUAUGUGCCACACCCAAGUUCAUUGUCAGGGUCUCUUCCAGGAAUGUCUCGAGGUAAAUCAAUGAUCAGCUCUCUCAGCAUCAUGGGAGGAAGCAGUGGACCUCCUUAUGAUCGAGCACAUGUCACAGGAGCAUCAUCAAGUAGUUCUUCAAGCACCAAAGGCACUUACUUUCCUGCAAUUUUGAACCCUCCGCCAUCCCCAGCCACCGAGCGAUCACACUACACUAUGGAGUUUGGUUACUCUUCAAAUAGUCCUUCCACUCACAGGUCCUACAGCUACAGACCGUACAGCUACCGACACUUUGCACCCCCCACCACUCCCUGCAGCACAGACGUUUGUGACAGUGACUAUGCUCCCAGCCGGAGAAUGACCUCAGUGGCGACAGCCAAGGGCUACACCAGUGACUUGAACUAUGACUCAGAGCCUGUGCCCCCACCUCCCACACCCCGAAGCCAAUAUUUGUCUGCAGAAGAGAACUAUGAAAGCUGCCCACCUUCUCCAUACACAGAGCGGAGCUACUCUCAUCACCUCUACCCACCGCCACCCUCACCCUGCACAGACUCCUCCUGAGGAGGGGCCCUCCUCCUCUGACUGCCUCCAACGCCAUCGUGUAAAUACAAAUGUGGUUGAGACCUGGAGGGGGGGAGGGAGAUACUAGAGAAGGAUGAGGCAGACCAUGUACAGUUAAAGAUUAUAAAUGGGGUAGGGAAUACUGGAGAUAUUUGUACAGAAGAAAAGGAUAUUUAUAUUUUCUUAAAACAGCAAUUUGCUGCUUGUGCCAUAAAAUUUGUAUGAAAAUAAAUUUGUACUAAAAGUUUUAUUUUUGCAAACUUAAAUACACAAAGCAUGCCUUAAACCCAGUGAAGUAACUGAGUACAAAGAAAACAGGAAUGAUAGAGGCAUCACUAACCAGGAAUAUCUGGCAUUUGUUAAUACCAAAAGAGAGAGAGAGGAAUAAUAAUAAUAAUAAUAAAAGUUAAAUCCAUCUCAGAGCAGCAAACAUAGUUAUUGGAAGUAGCCAAAUAGCCUUCAUGUUAAUUUAACACUUGAGGGCCGGUAUGUUUAAGUCACAAAAGGAAUUAACACUUCAGACAUGGCUUUCUUUUCUAAGAGUCCCAACAAUUCUAGUGAGAAAAAUUGAUGUUUGUAAACUCCAUCCUGAGUGUUGCUCCUGUCAGACUCGAUCAGCUGUCUAGAAGGUGCUGUGGGCCUAUUUGUGCAAGUCUUCUGCCCCUACCUUAGAAAUCACACCUUGCCCCAAAAGGAUUUUUUUUUUUUAAUUUGAGGAUUGAUUGAAUGGAAUUUUCUAAAUUUUCAUUUGAAUAUUUCUACCAGCACCAUUCCCCAGUAGGCUUAGCUCUUCAGUUUGACUGCUAUCUCUGCACAGUAAUCAAGAGAGAGAUAUUUUACUUCUUCCCCCUUUACUUCCGAGAUUGUUUUACUGCUCAGUGAAAUGCCAUUUUACCACACAUAUAGACAGUGCUAAAGAAUGACAAGUUUAACCAUUGUUUUUGUUGUGAACCAAUCAUAUAUCCUUGCAGUACUUUCAGCAUAUAUAAUAUCACAAUAUGAAAUCACUUAGACAUGUAUUUUUUCUAGUAAAACAUUUACAUAUGUUCUCACUAGAGACAAUCUAUUUAAAGAGAUAUUUUUGUAAUCAUUAGAUUUUUUCCCUCUAUUAACUCUUUUUGACAUUUUCAUGUUCUUGGCCAAUUUCCCUCAGAAUGAUCUCUGCAUACAUACCUCUUCUAAUGUGUGACAUGAGUUUAACCUCUUCCUGUUACCCACUGUGAAUGUUAGGUUGUUUGUAGACUAUCCACAAACUCUUAGAAUCACCUCGUAGACUUGUUUGUGUUCUCUGUUAUCCUAUCAUGGAAUAAGAUGAUUUAACCAAACUUAACUGUGGAUUCGAGGAGAAUGCAAGUAGUCACUUGUAAGCUGUCACACCUGGGCAGAGGAAUAGAGGAAGGGUUUUGUCAUCAGUCGACUUGCUGCAUCUUCAGGUACUAAGGCUGCUGCUGUUUCAGCUCUUUGGGCUGGCCUGUGGACUGAUGCUAGCCAGUGCUGCUGCCAGAAAGGAAUUCUCCACUUUUUACAUGUUUCUAGCACUCCUCUGCCACAGCCAAAUGUGUUUUUAAACUUAGCAGGUGUUUUUAAAUGUGUUUUCACCUUAGCAGGUGUCAGUCAGCUACUGAAUGUCUUUAGUUUUGUUGUGGUAUUGUAUCCCAUCUGGCUGAGACCUCUUUGGAUUUUAAGGCCCAAGAGAAAACAGAAGAAAAUAUUCAGUUUUUAGCAGGGGGGAAGUACAUUUUUUAAGAACUAAAAAAAAAAAAUAGCCGAGUAAACUUUUUCAAGAGAAAAUGGGGUUUCUGAUUAAUUCUUAGAUUGUUGGGGGACAACUUGUAUGAAUCAGGUGCACUUGAUUUCACAUAUGAAUAAUUGGUAAACCGUCUGUGUCUUGUAUUUCAGUCAGACAAAUGUUAUUUCUUCUUGUUGCUAGAAUCAAGUGUUCCUAGUCUAACAGAGAGUGGACAUUGUAGUUAACAUUCUGUGACACCUGGGCACAUGAACAUAAAUGGAGAUGGAAAGGUUAGCAAUAACUGGGUAUUGAUUAGAAUUUGAGAAUUCUAUGUGUUUACAUUUUUUAAUGUGCAUCUUUAUCUGUUGGGCUUCCCAUGUGGGAACUUGCACUAUAAAUGAACUAAGAAGAAUAUCGCCUUGUUAUAUCUCAGUCCAAGUGCUUGUACUGUGAUGGCAAUGGCCUCUUCUUGCAAAAUACUAAUCUGUGUGCCAAUUUGUUUGAAAUUCUUUGAAGGCAGUUCAGCUUAAUCUCAGAAUCCUCUUUUAGUUGAGUCUUUACAUUCUGAGCAGUACUUUUGAGUACCAAAAUUGUCAACGUUUGGGAAAGCUGCAUUGUUCCUCAGUUUACAUGGACACUUAAGCUUAAGUAAACUAUGCUGAUGAGAGUGGAAAAAGAGUUGGAAAAAACUAAGGACGAAACAUUAACAUAAAUGCACAAAGUAGAUGGGUAAGGAGCAAAAGUUUUAAAUUUGGUGUAGAUAGCAUUAUUUGUGGGGAGGUAGUAAAGUUCCAUUAGAUUCCUUAAAUACUACUUAUUUUGAACAUAUGCCUUGAAGUCUGACUGUUUACUGAUGUGAUUAAGAUGACCUGAGAAAUCAAGUUGAGCAUCACAUAAAUGUGUGUAAUCAUAGAAACUAUUCCACAUUGAAGUAGUUCUAUUGUAACUCUGAAAUUUAAUAACUUUGAACUUGGCUCCUGCAGCACCUUGAUUUUCUGAAUGGUGCUCCAAGGUGUUUUUAUUAUUAUUACUAUUAUUUGCCAGCAGGGUUAUCAUAGGCUCAGUGCCUGCACAACAACUCAACUGCUCCUAGUGACCUUCCUUUCCCCUAUUCUUUGAUAGAGAAUGAGAGAGAAAAACAGAGGAGAAACACCUAUAACGCUGUUCCACCACUCAUGAAGCUUCCCUCCCUGGAGGUGAGGACUGGGGCCUUGAGCCUGGUCCUUGUACAUGGUACCAUGUACACUCUACCUGGUGUGCCACCACCCAUCCCCUCUCAUAAAGUUUUACUGUACUUUUGACACUUUCUUGUCCUGGCAGAUGUUGUCUAUUUUUAACAGAAAGCUAUAAUUUUUUUAAAAACAGAAAUGCUUUUUUCCUGACUAUAAUAAGUUUGAGAACAACCUUUAUAAAUCAAAUAUAUUUAAAAAGAGCCACUAUCUAUACUAGGUAUCAAUUAUUUGGGGAGAGGGAGGGGGAGUCUCGUUAUUAUGAAGAAGACUUGAAGCUUGGGUUUGGAGCUGCAGCCUUCUUAACCUGUUAAUGAGCUGUGUUUAUUACGUGACCUCAUACCAGUAUCACGGUACAGACUGUUUACUUGCGGUACCAGAAAGGCUUGCCCAUAGCAAGCCUGCUUCUCUGAAGUAGAUGUGCUGCUGUUUCCCUAGCUAAUCCUGUGCUCAGAUUAGAUUCUUAGAAUUGUAGCUGUAAAAAUGGCUUUAUUUCUUAAAGGGAAGAAACUUGCCACUGCAUUGAUCUGCAUGCCUCAAAACCUGCAUGAUAGUUAUCAGUAAACAUCUAGCAAAAUUUAGCAAAACGGCUUUCCACAGAUCACCUCUGUCCUGACUAAUAAAUGCAGUGCUGGAGUCGGUGUGGUGGCAAAUGUGGCUGUGAGUGCGUGAUCAUCAGCUGGUGGGCAACUGGGACUGUACACUUCAUGUAGAUGGGGACCAAGUCAUGAAGUUUAUAACUAGAUGUUUAAAGUGUGUUUGGAGAAUUCCCACUCAAGAAAUUUAGUUUUAUUUGGUAUUCCUUUCCUCACCCCAAGGUUAAAAUGAACCAGGACUUAAAAGAUGAAUUUAGAAAGCAUUGUAACGUGUAUAGUUUCUAACUUCUGGGAUUUUAGCUUGUGAAAGUCUUGAGGUCUUUAGGGUUUUUUAGGGUCUUUUUUGGGUUUCAAGCAUAACAUUUGAUAUUUAUGUUUUAAAACAGUUGUAAAUUGUGAGUAUCGUGAAGCAACAUACUGAGGACAGUCAUUUAACUUUGCAUCACAACCCUGUGCCAAAAUGGAGAGGGAGAUGGAUUCAUGAUUUAAUCUAGUUGAUUUUGAGGGGAAUUAUUGAGUGCCAUCACCCUCUUUGAGUUGAGGUCAACUUGGCACUUUCUGUUUUCAUAAGGCAUCCUUAAAACAUGCAGAGGCUAACUGCUGGGGGGCGGGGAGGGGAAUCCGAAUGAUUUUACAGAUAGAAUUGUAAACUAUGUUAUGUCUUGUACUCAGAAAUGGAGUAUAGCCCUAAGAAAAAACCUAACUUUUAGAUUUCCCAUUAGAGUUUGCCCAAAAUUAACACCAAAGAAUUACAGUGUGCUUUUGCUUACCAGUCCACUCUCCUUUUUUUUUUUUUAAAUCACAUGUAAGCAAGGUGGGAAUAUAUCUGCAUCCCCAUGCCUAAAUGUAUUAAAGGAGCACAAUUCUGAUGACGUCUAGUGUCACAGGGGAGGACCUGGAGCUAGAGAGGGACAUUUUUUAAAAGAGUGAAGAGGAUACCAGGAAGCUUAAGCUGGACUCGCCUUAUUUGCAAGUGAAGGAUCUGGUGCUGCUUUCAGAUGUUUAUCUUUGUGUUUUUAAUUUUUUCCUUGAGCUUUAAUCUUUGUCAUUGUCUUAAAGUCAGCUGGUGUUUCUUGUUCAUGGACUUUGGUACCAUUGGUGCUUUGCAAGGAUGUAUUUAUAUUUUAAUGGCCAACAUUUGGUCAGCCCUUGUCCACUAUUCACUUCCCCCUUUUUGUAAAAUAAGUGCUUUAAUUGUAAACUGUACAAAAAAUACCUUGUAUAAAUCCCCAUUUUGAUUAUUACAAUAAGCUGAGCUGUAACAAAUGAAAUGUUGAUUUUUAUAAUAAAACUGGAAAAAAUAA